CAUGGCGAUGCUGUCGUCCGUGGCGGACCAGGGGCUGGAGCUGGCGAGGGGCACGGGGAAGGCGGUGGCGGAUCAGGGACUGAAGCUCGCGCGGGGCACGGGGAAGGCGGCUUGGUCCGCCGGCGCGACGUGCCUGUCCGCGGCGGACAAGGGACGCCAGGCGGUGCCGGAGGUGGCAUCGAAGCUGGCGCGGAGCACGGGGAAGGCGGCGUGGAUCGUGGCGACGUCGGUGAUCGUGCUCGUGCUGCCGCUCAUCUUCUCCAUUGAUCAAGAGAAUCAGCUUACCGAGUUGCUCAACCAGCAGGCGGACAACAAUGCGGUCCUGUUCGGUACCGGCUACGCCUGACCCCUCCGCCCUCGUCUCCUCCUAGCUAC